CUCACUGCUCGCCUGUUCUAAACGACCAUGUUGUUAUUUCGGUAAUAUAAUAUAAAAGCGUAAAGAUACACAGUUGCAACAUAUUAUUCAUGAAAUAAAAGAAUUUCAAUCGAAAACGGGAAUAUUAUUUGUCAAAAAUAAUUGCGCAAGAAAUGCCCGUCUAUGUCUAGCGAAUCGGAAGUGCGAGUUAAUCAAGCGGAUGAAAAUCAUCACAGCUUCGAUUCGAGCCAAUCAGUCAAUACACGAAAGAGAGUUCUGUCACCUGGCCAUCACAGUAGUUUACGAGGUGCUGCAACAAAGUUAAAAAAACACACGAUGGACGAGGACAUUAAUAUGGCAGGCGAACGGAGAGCCAAUUUUUCCGCAUUGACGGCCAAUUCCGGAUCCACCAAAGUUCCAGUAAAUAAUUCGUCAAAGCCUGGCGAUAUUCGAAAAUUGGUCAUUAAGAAUUUCAAAACCAAACCAACACUUCCCGAUAACUAUCAGGAGAACACUUGGGACAAACUUCAAGAAGCCGUCGUAGCAAUCCAAACAUCAAAAUCAAUCGCAUAUUCGCUGGAAGAACUGUAUCAAGCCGUGGAGAAUAUGUGCAGUCAUAAGAUGGAUUCGCAGAUUUAUUCAAAAUUAACGGCCCUCACUGAAACACACGUCAAAUCGAAUAUUAAAAUUUUCUUUGCUGACAGCAUGGACAAAUUGGUUUAUCUGAAGAAAAUGGAUGACUGUUGGUUAGCUCACUGUCAACAAAUGCUCAUGAUUCGCAGUAUUUUUCUAUUCCUAGACCGUACUUAUGUGCUACAGAAUCCGACCGUUCAUUCGAUAUGGGACAUGGGCCUGGACCUAUUCCGAAACCACAUCGCAGUGAACAACAUUGUUCAAAAGCGAACCGUCGAAGGUCUACUAAUGUUAAUUGAAAAGGAACGUAACGGUGACACGGUCGAUCGAACACUGUUGAAAAGUCUGCUACGGAUGUUAUCCGAUCUGCAAAUUUAUCAGACGGCAUUCGAAGAAAAAUUCCUAUUAGCCACCAAGCAGCUGUACCAGGCGGAAGGGCAGAAGAAAAUGCAAGAAUUGGAAGUACCGGAGUACUUACAGCACGUCGAUAAGCGGUUAGCUGAAGAGAACGAACGCCUGUUGCAUUAUCUGGAUCCACUUACCAAAUAUCAAUUGAUCUUCACCGUCGAAAAGCAGCUGUUGUCCGAACAUUUAACUGGCAUUUUGCAGAAAGGUUUGGACUCCUUGCUGGAAGAGAAUCGCCUCAGUGAUUUGUCGUUGUUGUAUGCGUUGUUCAGUCGCGUGAAAAAUGGAACGGUCGAACUAUGUCUGAACUUUAACACAUACAUCAAGAAGAAAGGUCGUACUAUUGUCAUCGAUCCGGAAAAGGAUAAAAGUAUGGUGCAGGACUUGCUGGACUUUAAGGACAAAAUGGAUAACAUUGUACAUUCAUGCUUCGAUCACAAUGACAAAUUCCUCAAUUCGUUGCGCGAAGCAUUUGAGUUCUUUGUGAAUCAGAGAUCGAACAAGCCGGCUGAAUUGAUCGCUAAAUAUGUUGACAUGAAACUGCGUGCUGGAAAUAAAGAAGCCACCGAAGAGGAGCUGGAACAAAUUUUGGACAAAAUUAUGGUUCUGUUCCGUUUCAUUCAUGGCAAGGACGUGUUCGAAGCGUUUUACAAAAAGGACUUAGCCAAACGUUUACUGGUUGGUAAAUCAGCGUCUGUCGAUGCUGAGAAGAGUAUGCUGUCGAAAUUGAAGCAGGAAUGCGGUGGCGGUUUCACAUCGAAAUUGGAAGGAAUGUUCAAAGACAUGGAAUUGAGUAAAGACAUGAACAUUUCGUUUAAGCAGCACAUGGCCAAUGCUGACAUCGAAUACACGAAAAUCGACCUAACUGUGCACAUUUUAACCAUGGGAUAUUGGCCGACGUAUCCGUUAAUGGAAGUGACAAUGCCGCCACUGUUAGUCGAAUUACAGUCAAUUUUCAACAAGUUCUACCUGGCUAAGCACAGCGGCCGAAAAUUACAAUGGCAACCGACACUCGGUUCUUGUGUGCUGACCUCACGGUUCGAGCAUGGGUCCAAGGAAUUUCUGGUUUCACUGUUCCAGGCACUGGUGUUGUUACUGUUUUCGGACCAUGACGUUCUGACGUUCAAUGAAAUUAAGGCUGCCUGUUUGAUUGAGGAAGGCGAACUGAAACGUACUCUGCAAUCGCUGGCCUGCGGCAAAGCUCGUGUCAUAAAGAAAACGCCGAAGGGUCGCGAGGUCGACGAACAAGACAAAUUCCAUUUCAAUCACGAAUUUACCAACAAAUUGUUCCGAAUCAAAAUCAAUCAAAUUCAAAUGAAGGAAACAACCGAAGAACAAAAAGCUACCGAGGAACGGGUGUAUCAGGACCGACAGUAUCAGAUCGAUGCUGCGAUAGUUAGAAUUAUGAAAAUGAGGAAGACCCUUAGUCAUAACUUGUUGAUCAGCGAACUUUACAAGCAGUUAACGUUUCCGGUGAAGCCCGCUGAUCUGAAGAAACGCAUCGAAUCGCUUAUCGAUCGAGACUACAUGGAACGGGAUAAAGACAACCAAAAUCAAUACAAUUAUGUGGCGUAAUUCCUUGAAACCCCAUUUGAAAACAGUAAUUCUAUAAAAUGCGAGUUUUUCAAUUUUUUUGGUUUUUUUUUCGAAUUGUUUAUUUUGUUCGAUUUGAUUUUUACCGAAAUUAAAAUGUCAUCGAGAGAUUCAAAAAAUGGGACGAGACGAUUCGAACGGAAGUACUAAAUGUGAUAUUUUAUCGACUUUGUUUACUUACGAUAAACAGUUUUGUUUUUUGGGGGGCUAAUUUAGUGGCCAGUUUGGUUUGUAAUCUCCAGUGAGUGUUGAGUGCGAUAAAUAAAAUUGAAUUUCUAAAUUUACAAGAAGACAAACAAAACAGAAACCUUUGUAAUACUGAACUAGAACAAGAAGAAUAAGAAGAGUUAGUAGUGAAUUAUGACCUGUUCCAGACAGAUUUGAUAUUAUCGAAAUACAAAUUAACGGUUUGGUUCAUUCAAUUUUA